AUGAAAUAUGAUAAGAGAACACGAAGUUCUGCUUUAUCGUUCGCAAUUAAUGUGCGUAAUGUGGUAAGACUUUUUCUAGGUGUUAAAGUGAUGGAAUCAGUAGAACUUGUGCUGGAGUCGGUUGGGAAUGAUUAUCCAGGCUUAGUACGAGAGGCUCUUACUGGCUCGUUGUCCAGUUGUGGUUAUGCUUGGUUAAUAGUUGGUCAAAAUCUAUAUGUGUGGAAGUAUGACACAGAGGAAGAUUAUGCAGGUGCACCAGCAGUACUUACUUUACCACCUUCUGGACUUCCUUAUAAUGCGCAAACUGUUUGUAUAUACAAAAGACAAGGUUUUUCGACAUUGGGUAUAAUUGUUGUAACACCAGAAGGUAUUGUCCGGCAUUGGUCUAUGCCAGAUCGUCAAUUCAGUGACAGUUCAGUUGAUCUGGGUCGAGAGCGAAAGCGACAACACUCACGUCAAGAUUGUCUUAAUACAUUGGGAGCACCAUUAAGGUUUUCAUAUUCUUAUAUCCUAAAAGGAAUAUGGUUUCUUUUGGCAACAACGACAUGCUCAUUGUUCUUACUGAAUGUCAAUGCGAGCACUGCUCCUACACCAGGAAAAAGACAGCGAUUAUCUUCCGAAAUUACCAUAAAAAUCAUUCAUACAAAUGCGAGAAUUGGAAUUGGUGGUAAAUUGGCUUCAGCAAUAUUUGGUGAAGGAAGGCAAUCCGGAUCAAAGCUGGUUAAGGCUCUGGUAUAUGAACAAUCAGUUGGUGAUUUGGUGGAUUCGCGUUCCAAUGCAUCAAGUAGUUCAAAUCCAAUUGGUACAGGAAAUAUGCAUGUACUUGCGGUGACCGAACGUCAACUUCACUCUUAUUCGAUGAGAGAUUGUGCGAAGAUUUGGAGUUGUGAAUUGGCAGAUAUGGCUAGCGAACGCUUUGCGUUGGCUCUGUGGAAAUUGUAUGAGGAACAUAAUAAUUGGCAAGAGAAAAUUAAAACAUGGAUAAUAGAUGCGGUUAACAUCAGGAAUGGAACAUUGGUCUUAUUCGCAUGCUGCAACAAAGAUGUUUCAACAAGGAUACACUUUGCUUUUGGUUAUAUAUCGGAAUAUGAUGGUGCACAUUCUCCUGCAGCUUUAGAAUGGUUUUGUAUUUUGAAGGCUCUCUCAAACGAGUGUAAGGAGCCUUGUUUUAGCGUUAAAAAGCUUACCAAAGAAUUACAGUCAAACGAAAAAAAUACCCUGGCAGAUAUUGCACUAAGAUCGCCAGCUAACUCAGAGCAAGUAUUACACAACAAGGUUGACGAUGUUUUUGUGGUUACCCAAAAAGCUGUUUAUUCUUUCCGUCUACCAGACCGAUUGCUCAAAAAAACUCCAUUUAAAUUGGUGUUAUGUGCUAUGUACAACGCUACCUUUUUUAGUUCUGGUCGUGAUGCUCGGUAUUGUUACGUUUUCUUGGAGGAAAGUGGUCUACAACGAGUAAGAUUGCUUCCUAGAGGAUUCGAUGCAAAUUUGGCACAAACUGUAGCACAAAUGAGUAAAACGGACGUUCAUCCAGUAAAUCUUUCAAGCGCUACAACCGAUCGUCGUGCACUCGCCCUGGCAUUUUAUCUCUUUUCGAAAGCUGAUUUGUUGAAUACUCCAUUGGCUUCAUACUUUGAAGUAAACAUUUUGAAGCAUGAAGCUAGCAAUAUGAUUCAAGAACUUUUGGAAAAUCGGCAUACUGGAAUUGCGCAAAUAUGUGUAGAUUAUGCAAUCAACUUAGCAGACGACAUUCCAAAUGAUGAGCGUUGGUCUGCUACUAACCGUUCUUCCCACUCAGGAGCAGUGACAGACCAAAUAUCUUCCAAAAGUUCAUUUUUAUUGGAAGUACACUUGGAAGAACAAAAGAGGAGAGUAUUGGCGAUGUUUAUUCUUUUUAUCAAAAGUGUUAAGCUUGAUGAUAAACUGAAUCGAAUUGUUAAAACUCAUCUUUCUCAGUCGCGCAGCGCUCGUUCUCAAAUUGUUGAAUUAAUUGAAAAGAUUGAUAUUGCGAUUGUAUUAUACAGAUGGAGUAAGCAAAAUCCACCUGCAAUUUUCGACGCAGCUCUGAAAAGAGUAUUAUUGAAGCGAAAAGAAAGCAUAGACAGGGAACGAGAUUUACUCACACGAUAUGAUUACUUUUUCCGAGAAGUUUCUCGGAUUGAGGAUCUUUUCAGUGGACUCAUCGAAGAAGAAGAGGAUAUUAUAGGGAAUAAUAAUGAAUUGACGGAUUAUAAGCUAGAAUGUAUUGAAUAUGUUGGUAGUGCUUUGAUUAUUGGAAAGGAAGCAAUUGAAAAACGUCGGGGCGACGCCGUUCUCGAUAUAGAAAAUGAUUUACGAUGGACACAAGAAAAAUCUGUAUUGAAGCCAUUCAUAAAACAUUUGAGUAUACUAUUCAAUUAUAUCGAUCAAGCUGGUCGUGAUUGUCCGAAAUACGCAGCGUUGUUGAAACAAGGUAUUCUUAUUGCUGCGUUCAUUAUGAAUGAACAAGCACUCGAUGAUCGGCAAAAUUCGCCAAUUGUAGCCAAAUUUUUGGAAAUCUCUGAAAAUGCGAUUGCUUUAGAAUUAGCCAAACGAUUUCAGGAUUACAAAACUAUAAUACGACUGGCAUGUGCUUUACCAGAUUUGGAAAGGAACGCUAAAAUCCAGGAAUAUAAGGAAUUCUUUAAUUCUGGCGACUUUUGCAAUAUGUUAUAUGAAUAUUAUCUGGAAAAUGGGUAUGUGAAAGAUCUGCUGGAAAUGAAAGAACCUGAUGCAGAUCUUUUCUUCGCAACACGAACUAAUAUUGGGUGGAUGCGUGAUCUCGAAAAUGGCGAUUUCGCCAAGGCAUGUCACACUCUUAAAACUCUCUCACGGAAAUCAAACGAUGAUGUUAUACUGAAAAGGAAAUUUGAUUCAUCCAUACCGGUUUCAAAGAUACGGUCAUGUACUGCGGAAGAGAUCAUAAGAGCGCAUUUGAAUGAUACGUCAUGUGAUGUUAAUCGAUGUUUUUACGCACUGCUCACAUUAUCAACACUAAUGGACGAAGAAGCAUCGAAUCAAACAGCUGAACUGGUACGUUCUUUACAAACCAAAAUAUGGAUAGCUGCUAUAAGGGCGAACAGCGACUACUGGAAUGAAAAGACACGAAGUGAUGAUCCGCAGUGUCCAACUGUUUACAACGAAUUAUUGGACAGGAUUAUUGCCUAUGCUAAAUUAUCAAACGAGCGGAAAUUAGAAUUAAUACCUGAUACUAAGGAAUUGGCUGAAUGUUUGACAGAAUUCGCGCACAAUAAAUUAUUCGGUGUUUUACUUCGGACCAGCGAGGAAGCUGCUAGAAGAAGUAUCUCAAGUGGAGAAGGUACAAAGGUCACGUAG